AUGCCAACUCCAAACAUUGCAACAGUUCCCUUCAAAUCAACAAAACGCAUACAAUUAAUACCCCUUUUACGCGAUUACAUAUCUUAUUCUUAUGGCGAACAUCCGGACGCAUAUGUCGAUGAUUUCCGUAUAUUAGAUGAAUUGAGAAGUGACUGUGUUGCUCUAGAAGCUGACCGUAAUGCGUUGAAUAGGUUGCUGAAAUACUACGGACAACUUGUUUUUAUUGGAAGCAAGUUUCCAACAGAUGUAGGCAUCGACUUCCCGUGGACGUCAGCAUUUACACCCGAUAAAUCAGUUGGUCAACGCAGUUUCCUCUACGAAAAAGCUUGCAUUCUUUUUAAUAUUGGCGCAAUGUAUAGUCAGCUUGGCGUUGCCGAGAAUCGCCUUUCCAACGAGGGUGUCAAACGCGCGUGUCGGUUGUUUCAAAGCGCUGCCGGAUGCUUUACACAUUUAAAAGAUGUUGUAAUCCCCGAUAUGAGAAUUCCACCAACGCCAGAUAUGGAGAAUUUGACUCUGGUUGUUUUGGCUAACGUAAUGCUCGCUCAGGCGCAGGAAUGUUAUUGGCAGAAAGCCAUACAAGACAAUUUGAAAGAUGGAACAAUUGCAAAACUAGCGGGCCACGUCUCUGAUUUGUAUAACACCGCGUAUGAAGUCGCAAAGAAUAACUCUGGUGUGGCUACGUUAUUGGGGCAACCUCUUUUAAAACACAUCCAAGCAAAGUCGUGGCACUUUGCUGCUGCCGCAGAGUUUAGAAAAUCAUGUGACUGUCUCGGUCAGAAUCAAUAUGGAGAAGAGAUAUCGCGUUUGAAUGCUGCCAAAGACUUUGUCAAGAAGGCUCUUGAUCAGCAGAAUCACUUACGGGAAAGUGUUGUUAAGGAUUUGAGAUCUCUCGAAGCAGCCAUAUCUCAAAACCUUGCUCGUGCCGAAAGAGACAACAAUAUUAUCUAUCUCCAACCAGUCCCUUCACCAUCUGCCCUUCCUUCCAUUGGUCGUGCGAAAAUGGCCGUUUCCGAAACUCCAGCUGAGGUAAAAGACCCAAUUUCUUUAAUGGGCGAAAAUUCUAUCCUAGGGCUUCCUCUCUUUGCCCGAUUGGUUCCAUUUGCAGUUCAUCAAGCGGAGAGCGUAUAUUCGGAAAGGAAACAGAAUUAUGUAAAGGAAGAGAUUAUCGCUAAAUUCGAGGAAUUGGAUGAAAUUUGUAAAAGCACUUUGCAGUCGCUGAAUCUCCCUGGUGCCUUGGAAGUGGUAGAAAAACCGGAAGGAUUACCGCCAUCAAUCAAGGAAAAGUCGUCAGAGAUAAAACAAGAAGGUGGGAUAGAUCGUCUUUAUGACGAAAUAUCUACUGUAGAAGAACUGUCUGAACAGGUUUCUUCUAUACUGGAGGAGGCUUUAGGAAUAUUAGACCAAGAAGCUGCGGCUGAUGAUGAGUACCAAACCAAAUAUACGGACAAAUGGCAACUUCCUUCCAGCCUAUCAGUCAACACAAAGCUUAUAAAUCAAGGCGCUGUUCUUCGCGAGACACUGGAUCAAGCACGGCGUGCUGAUAUCACAUUAACGAAGAAGAUUGGAGAGUGGGAAGACAUUAUAACUCUUUUAUCUAGUGAUGAGACUGAACUUGAGAAAAGUAUUCCAUCGAGUAAUCCAACUGGAUCGAAUAAAGACGAAGUAUCGAACCAAUUACGCGAUCUCAUUAAUGAAACAGAAAAGAUGAUAAACGAACGAAAAGUUCACGCGCAUGAUGCUAAGAAGAUGGCAGAUCGCGAUGACAUUGGUCCUAUUUUGCGUCGGAAGGCGGCUGAAAUCACAUCAAACUCGAUAGCGGUUCAGAUUGAACCUGCAAGCUUUGAAGAAUUAUUCACAGUACAACUGAAGAAAUACGACAAGUUUAAGCAAAUAACUGCUACAGAAGAAAAGAAACAAGAAAAACUACUGAAGCGUAUAAGAGAAGUUAACAAUAAAUUUGUUGAAACACGCCAACAACACAAUGUUAAUCUUGCGCGAGUGAGAAAAGUACAACAUCUAGAAGCUGGAUACAAAAGAUUCUACGAAAUACUGAAGAAUUUACAAGAAGGCGCGAAGUUUUACGAAGGAUUUAAGAAACCAUUGAGAGACUUUAAAGAUGAAUGUUCAAAAUUUGCCAAAAGUCGAAAAGCGGCGGCGGAUGAACAAUUGGACAUGCUCCAACUUGCAACAACAAUGUCAUCAGUAUCUGUCUCAUCUAUACCACCUAAUGUGACUCCCGGAGAAUGGCAAUCAAGCAUGGGUAUUGCAUUUAAUGAUAAUACUGCUAAUCAAGCCAAGCCUACGUCCGGUGGAGCCUGGACAGCAAGUCAUGGGAUUAAAUUUGAUAAAAGUGAAUAA